CGCCGGAAGUGUCUAUGUCUAGGGCCCGCCCCGCCCACUCCUUCAUUCAUCAACACAUGCACACAUGAACAGUGUAUUUGAAACCGAUUUUACAAUAUACUGAACAUGAUCUAGCCUAUUUCUUUUAUUUCUAAAUAUAUUUGCUGAAGCAGCGAUGGCGGCGAAACGUAAAGUGGAGGCGACUGUUCCCGCGGAGGAGAGCGACCAGCUCCUCAUCCGACCCCUGGGCGCUGGACAGGAGGUCGGCCGGUCAUGCAUCAUCCUGGAAUUCAAAGGCAGGAAAAUAAUGCUGGACUGCGGCAUCCAUCCAGGCUUAGAGGGGAUGGAUGCCCUGCCCUACAUCGACCUCAUAGACCCGGCGGAGAUAGACCUGCUGCUCAUCAGCCACUUCCACCUGGACCACUGUGGAGCUCUGCCCUGGUUCCUUCAGAAGACCAGCUUCAAAGGCCGGACCUUCAUGACCCACGCCACCAAGGCCAUCUACCGCUGGCUCCUGUCUGACUACGUCAAAGUCAGCAACAUCUCCGCGGACGACAUGCUGUACACGGAGACGGACCUGGAGGACAGCAUGGAGAAGAUCGAGACCAUCAACUUCCAUGAGGUCAAGGAGGUGGCGGGGAUCAAGUUCUGGUGCUACCACGCGGGGCACGUCCUGGGGGCCGCCAUGUUCAUGAUCGAGAUCGCCGGUGUCAAGAUCCUGUACACUGGAGACUUCUCGCGCCAAGAGGACAGACAUCUGAUGGCGGCAGAGAUCCCCAGCGUCAAACCAGACAUUUUAAUCAUAGAGUCCACCUAUGGCACGCACAUCCACGAGAAGAGGGAGGAGCGGGAGGCCCGGUUCUGUAACACCGUCCAUGACAUCGUCAACAGGGAAGGCCGCUGUCUGAUCCCCGUGUUCGCCUUGGGCCGAGCCCAGGAGUUGCUGCUCAUCCUUGACGAGUACUGGCAGAACCACCCUGAGCUCCACGACAUCCCCAUCUACUACGCCUCCUCGCUGGCCAAGAAGUGCAUGGCGGUGUACCAGACGUACGUCAACGCCAUGAACGACAAAAUCCGCAAGGCCAUCAACAUCAACAACCCCUUCGUCUUCAAGCACAUCAGCAACCUCAAGAGUAUGGAUCACUUUGAUGACAUCGGGCCCAGCGUUGUCAUGGCGUCCCCGGGCAUGAUGCAGAGCGGUCUUUCCCGGGAGCUGUUCGAGAGCUGGUGCACCGACAAGAGGAACGGCGUCAUCAUCGCCGGCUACUGUGUGGAGGGAACCCUGGCCAAGCACAUCAUGUCUGAGCCCGAGGAGAUCACCACCAUGUCGGGCCAGAAGCUGCAGCUCAAGAUGUCUGUGGACUACAUCUCUUUCUCGGCCCACACUGACUACCAGCAGACCAGCGAGUUCAUCCGGGCCCUCAAACCGCCCCACGUGAUCCUGGUCCACGGGGAGCAGAACGAGAUGGCCCGUCUGAAGGCGGCUCUGAUCCGGGAGUACGAGGACAACGACCAGGUCCACAUCGAGGUCCACAACCCCCGCAACACUGAGGCCGUCACCCUCAACUUCAGGGGGGAGAAGCUGGCCAAGGUUAUGGGCUCCCUGGCGGAUAAGAAGUGUGUGCAGGGCCAGCGGGUCUCCGGCAUACUGGUGAAGAAGAACUUCAACUACCACAUCCUCACGCCCUCGGACCUGUCCACGUACACGGAGCUGGCCAUGAGCACGGUGAAGCAGACCCAGGCCAUCCCCUUCACGGGCCCCUACUCUCUGUUGGUCUGCCAUCUGAGGAACCUCACUGGAGAUGUGGAGGAGCUGGACGGGACGGAGAAGAACACCCUGAAGAUCUUUAAGAGCAUCACCCUGGUGCAUGAGGCCGGCAUGGUGACUCUGGAGUGGAUCGCCAACCCUCUGAAUGACAUGUACGCUGACGCGGUGACCACCGUGGUGCUGGAGGUGCAGUCCAACCCCAAGGCCCAGAGAGUGAUGGAGUCUCAGUGUGUCAUCGUGGACAUGGAGGUGUACCAGGCCCGGCUGGAGGUCAUGUUGCAAGACAUGUUCGGGGAGGACUGUGUGGAGUUCAGAGACAGCAGCAGCAUGGCUGUGACGGUGGACGGGAAAGCGGUGCUGAUCUGCCUGGAGACCAGAACGGCGAGCUACGAGGACGAGGCCGAGGCCAUGGAGGACGAGUCCCUGAAGGAGAUGGUGGAGCUGGCUGUGCAGCGGCUCUACGACGCGCUGAACCCCGUCAUCUGAGGGGUCCCCCAGAAACACCAGCUACACCGGGGCUCAGACCAGCAGUCCUGGAGAGACGCUGGCUCCUUUAGUAACUCUGCUGCGUCCACCUGAGGCCUCUGCAGGAUUCAUUAUGGACUACUUGUAGAGCAGAGGGCAUUGUGGGUGAUUUGGUAGAAUGUUAUUAUUUCUUUCAGAACAGUGAAGAUGGGGGGCUUGAAUGCGUCUCCACAGGGAACAUCAGCAGAAUAUGACACAGACUUUAAUAGUCCCAGCGUUCGUCUUAAAUCACGACGGCCGUGCUCUUGAAUUGGAUCGAAUUUAUUAACCAAUAAUUAUCAGCCUCUGUGAAUCUACUAAUGAUGGCAGUAAAGCUAAUUGGUAGUGAACAUUGAUUUUUGAUCUUAUUGUAUUCCAUAUGUUGUGAGUUGUGUUGAGCACUUUAGUUUGGGUUUUGCAUUUAUUUUCUUGUCAGGUAACAUCUCCAAGUGUAGCUUCCAGUUCUCGUUUGUUUAAUAUGUCUGUAUGUUGUUUGUUUUUGAGAUUUUAAUGCAUGGCGUAACUCCACCAAACUAUGUGAUUUGUUUAAUUAAUUUAUUUUAAUUGUAUGUGGAGAAGCAUAACAUUCUAAGCUAAUUAUGAAGGAAAAUAGUUCCUUCAUGAAUAAUAAGUUAACGUUUGUUACAAUCGACAAAACAGUACCGUCUAAUAUUGUUCAUUAGAUCUUGGACACUGGUCUAGAUUUAGAGUUUUGCAAAUGUUUACAAUACAAGACAAGUUGAGUUUUGUUGUUACUUGUCAGGCAAUGUUUAUUGCAGCUCCUUUCAGUUUUUACUGUUUUGUGUGUUUAAAGUUAUUUUAAAAAAUAUUGUCAAAAUGUAUGCACUAAAUACACUAAAUGUCUGGUAUUCAAACUAAAAACUUGUGGAUUGUAUUUGUUUAUCAGUUCUGGAGCUAGGAAAACUAAUCUUAUUUGAAACUUAGUGAUGUCAUGUAUGUAACCUCUUAUUAUUGACAAUGAUUACUGUCUCAGUGGUGCACUGUUAGAUAACUCUGGAGACACGGGUUGAAUUCCUGCCGAUGUUUGUUGCAAAAUGGGUCUUGAAACAUUUUUGUACCUUUUUGUUUGAAAUGUACUUGACUUUUCUUGAAGUAAUCCUGAAGUCACCUUUUUUUCUUUUUUUUUAACAAUAAAAGGAAUUUACACAAU